AUGGUUCAGGUUCAGACAUUGAACAAUAUGGAGGAGCUGAGAGCUUCUACGUUUGGUCGUCCCUCACCCAGGCACGGACUCAAGCUCCUUUUCUGGUUCGCCAAAGAUUACAUCGUCAUCAAAAAUGACAACCAGAUAGUUGCAAAUUACAACCCCAACAAGGGAGACUUUGGUUUCCAUCACUUCCAGAACAGACUUCAGUGUGACAACAACAUCUGCAAGAAGCUGCUUCCUGAUGGUGGCUACCCAUUCUAUGAGGUGGGCAACCUCCACCUCCCAGCAUCUGAUUCCAUGCCUGAGUAUGUCAGGAAGGGUUACACUCAUCACAUAGAUACCAGCAACAUGGACCGCCUCAUCAUCAGUAUGCGUCCAGACAUGAUAGUGGAUAAGGUCUAUGUGACCCAGCACGAGGACCUGAGGAACUUCGCCCCACUCAACACAUAUUGCAUCAGCAGGGAGUUGCUCAUGAUCAUAUGUGGCCAUCCAUCCACAGACAUGUCACUGAGGAACUUCCUGGAACAGGCGGGCUAUUCCACCCAUGAGCAAAAUGUAAUUAUGUAUCAGGGCAUCGCCCCCAGGGAGUCUGGGGAUACCAAGAUUGAUAUGGAAGGUGGAUCCAGAGCUCCACCCAGAGCUCCACCCAGAAUGGAACAGCACUCCAGACUGACGGAAGAGGAGAAAGAGAUGGAGAGUGAUGGAGAAUAA